CCACGUUGCACAGAGAUGGCGCACUUGUUGCAUCGCAACGUGGCGACGGCACUGCCGCAGACCCGCGUGCUGCGCGUGGAAGGUCCCGACGCGGCCAAGUUCCUGCAGGGUAUCUUCACCAACGACGUCCUUUCGCUCAAGUCCCGUGGAGAUGCCCGGUAUGGAGCGUUUCUGAGCCACAAGGGUCGAAUGCUGGCGGACGCGGACAUUGUCCUCCGCGAGACAGAUGCGUUCUUUCUAAAAGUCGCCGCCGCCGUCGAGGAAGACAUGCUGAAGCACUUGAAAAAGUACAAACUUCGAUCCAAGGUGACGAUCUCGGCCGCCCACGACCACGUCCGCGCACACGCGAUUCUCCCGUCCCUGAACGACUCAACAACUACGGCAUUCCUUCCAUCGUGGGCGAUCGAUCAAAAUCAACAACAUAGCGAUGGCGUCGUGUACUCGGACCCGCGCAGCAACUGGUUUGGGGCGACCGCGAUUCUGCCCGUAAGCACCAAUACUUCGCGCCUUGCUUUAGGGAGUGAUUUCGCCGUGGAGGAGAAUGCCGACAUCGCCGACGGUACCGCCCGGGACCGCCGCCUUGUCCUUGGCGCGACGUCAGGUUUGGAGCUUCGCGAUGGCAUACCGCUCGAGUUCAACCUGGACCUUCUCCAUGGCGUGUCGAUGACCAAGGGCUGCUACGUCGGUCAAGAGCUGAUUUCUCGAACGCACUACAAAGGCAACAUUCGCAAACGCACGAUUCCUUGUCUGGUUGUUCCUGCUUCCGGGGAUGCCGCGGUGCCGCCACCCCCAUUCACGUUUGGUGAUCCCGCCAACCAUGAUCCGUUGGCCGGACACAAGUGGGCAUCGAAGCACUUCGUCGCCCUCGCGCCGCCAGUCGAAACCGACAUGAAACUUGUGGCCAAGGGCUCCUCUGCGAGUGCGGGAAGGAUUGUAGCCGCUGCGACAGGGGUGAACGCGGUAGUGGCGUUGGUGCGACUGGAGCAGUUGACUCGCGGUCCCAUUGUGACAGAAGACGGCCAGUUCCAAGUCCUCCCGUAUGCGCCGGCGUGGUGGCCAGUGCUGAACCAAGAAACGGGCAAACUCUGGACGAUGUAGCCGUGCGAGAGCAGCAUCUCGAGACACUACCACCUAAACCACCAACGGUGCUAUUCUCACGUGCCUAUCUCCGUUUAAGAUGCCGAUGCAAGCAUCCCCCCAACGAAUGGUUCAGAGCACCCCAUCGCAUCCGAACGACAGAGCAGAAUGGCACGUGCCGAACCAUAACGCACGGCCAUCUCGAUCAUGUUUCACCUGCCCUUCCCUGGUGCGAGCGAUGCAUUGGAUCCGCACAGUGUCAGCACAC